GUACAGUCACACACUGAUGCCUGAAACUGAAUGUGUGAGUGAAAUGAGGGGUGAGAAAGCAAACGCAUUAGAGCAGUUUGUAUGUGUGUGUGUGUGAGAGAGAGAGUGUGUCAGAGAUGAGUUCCACUCCACCCACAUUCAUCGUGUCCAAAGUGAGGGGGAGGUGAAACAGUUGAGAGCUUACUGUUCUAUUAACUGGCAUUAUUUAGUUGCCUCAGUCUGGAGAAGCAACUAGUCAGGACUGCUCCUUAUCAGAAUUUCACCCAGUUGCAGCAACGAUGGCUUCCCAUGUGAAACUUCGUAAGGAAAGGGUCGGUAUGGUGGACUAUGACACACAAAUAAAAGAGGUGCGAUGCCAGCUUGUAGAUCAACUUAAAGUGUUAGACUUUCAUCUUGAGCAGAAGAGCCAGCAGCUGCAGGACCUAAUAGACUACCUGCGACGAAGGGGUGAGAUAGAAAGCGAGUACGCCCGCUCUCUGGAAAAACUUGCUGAACGGUUUACUUCCAGGAUUAAGAGGAAGGAGCCCAGUAGUCACUCUGUAGCACAAGUCUGGCUGACUCUGCUGUCCCAGACCCGCCAAGAAAGUAGGGACCACAGCGGACUAAGUGAGCGCUGCAGUAAUUUACUCAUCCAGCCACUCACACACUGUCUGGAGUACACACAACGUCUUGCCAAGAAGAGUAAAGACAUCUGUAUUCAGCUACAAGACGGACUACUCAAGGUUACCACUGAACUACAGACUACAUGGCGAACGUACUACCAGUACCACUCAGACUAUGUGUGUGCAGAGGGGAAGCUAAAGGAGGCAGAGAGACAGGAGGAAAAGCAGAAGCAGAGCGCUGCUAAAAAACUGGAGAGGUUGAUAGAAAAGAGACAAUGUAAGGCCCAAGAGAUAUAUGUGAAAUGCAGCAAGGCCAGAAACGAAUACCUACUAAACUUAGAGGCAGCCAAUACCUCCAUGAAUAAGUAUUACCUCCAAGACAUCUCCACUCUCAUCAAUUGUGCAGAUGUAGGGUACCACCUCUCUGUGAGCCAGGUGAUGCAGGCAUACCUGUCCAGUCACUGGCGAUCCCAACAGAACAUGAGCACAGGGCUGCAGCACCUUCAAGGGGUUGUGUCUGGACUGGACCAGAGUCAGGACAGGGACACCCUGCUGCAGGACCACUAUAACGCCUUUUCUCUGCCUCUUCGUUUCCUCUAUCAGCCCCACGAAGGAGACCAGGUUUCUGAAGUAAGUGCAGAGUGUGAGAUGAGAUGUGAGCUGGAGACCAGAUUCAAACAGAUACAGGCCAGACUGAAAGCACUCACCCAGGAAACUGAGGAGGCUAGUAAGGGCAUGCUGUCAGCCCAGUCCUCCCUGCUGGAGAGUAUCGGUGAUGAUGACUUGGAGCCCAGCAGCGGUUCAUCUCAGGACAGCAGCACUGAAAACUUGACGGUCAAGCCCAGUGUGGCCCGACGCAGGUCCAACCAGCAGGAAAUAGAAAACCUCUACUUCAUUAAACUAAAAGAGUACCUUGUUGGCAGUUCCCUGGUCUCUAAAUUGCAAGCCAAACAUGACUUGCUAAAAGUGGCUGUAGAAAAAGCUGAAGCAUCCAAUGGGCAUAAGCCUAGAGCCAAUGGAAAGUUUAUGCGCAUCAGGAGGAAUCAAUCAAGUGCCAAUUUGGUGCCCAACCAUAAACUUUUUAAUGGAGACAUGCUGUCCUUCAUAGAGGCAUCGGGACAAGAAAUUCCACUUGUUGUUGAAAGUUGCAUUCGCUUCAUCAACCUCCAUGGUCUUCACCAUGAAGGAAUCUUUAGAGUGCCGGGUUCUCAGGUAAAGGUCAAUAACCUGAGGGAUGCAUUUGAGCGAGGAGAGGAUCCCCUGGUCGAUCAGAGCUGUGACCUGGACUCUGUGGCUGGAGUGCUGAAGCUCUACUUCCGAGGUCUGGAGAAUCCCCUCUUCCCCACUGACAGCACCAGCCAGCUCCUGGAGUAUGCUCAAAUAAAUGAUGAGGCAGAGAGAGCAGCUCAGCUCAAAAGGGUCAUCUCUUCCUACCCAGAGCCUGUUAUCAUUGUAAUGAGAUAUCUCUUUGCAUUCCUUCAUCAUGUGUCUCAGUACAGUGAUGAGAACAUGAUGCAGCCUUACAACCUGGCUGUGUGUUUUGGCCCCAGCUUAGUCAGAGGAGCUCAAGAUGAUGAUGUUGUCAUGCUGCAACCUCAGAUUAAUGCCCUAGUGAAGAGCAUCAUCCUCCAACAUGAAAAUAUUUUCCCCAGCCAGAGUGAAGUGCAAGGACCGGUGUAUGAGCAAUGCAUGACACUUGAAGAGGAUGAUGGGGAGCCCAUCAUUGAAGAAGAUGUAGAACCAGAGUACACCAGUAGCAAAGACGAGUUGGAAACAGGAUCUUUAGGUGAUGUCGGCAUCAGCUCCUUUGCAGCAGCACCACAGAAAAAUACAGAACGUCCCAGAGCCAACAGCAGCGGCUCCAUUGAUAAAAAGAGGAUAUCAGCAGCUGCUUCAGGUGCAAAGCUAAUGCUUCAAAUUCCUGUUGGGCCACAGAGCAGACCAAGGAGAGCCCCAUCUCCUGGCUAUGUGCGCAGAGAGCUCCUGGAGCACUUGCCUUCAGAGGAUAAUACUGCUCAAGUUGACAAGGUGGUCUGUCAACAGAUGGCCUCCGUCUUCAAGGAGCUCGUCUCACGGCAAGCGUCGCAGGAGUCGUCCUUCAACCUUUCCUCUUCCUCUGCACCAGCUUCCCAAAGUAAAGGGAAGCGAGAUGGGCGCAAGGGGAGAGGAGCUCUUCAAAGUAGCUGAUCCACUGGACUGUGAACAAUGGCAUUGGUAGAUGACAUGAAAAAAGAGAUGCUACAUUUGAAAACUGAGGUGUAGGGUAAUAUGCUCUGAUGAUAGCUUUCAGCUGUAUCUGUUUCUAGGAAACUUGAAAUUGCUGACACAUCUGUCAGUUCUGCGACGCCCUUGGCUUCAUUCCAUAGGGUGGCUCCCUAUUCAGAAGCCCUUUUGUACACAGUAGAAGAUCACUGUUGUGUCUGCCAAACUGUGGAUUACUUGAAAUGUACAGAUGUUUGUUUGACUUUAUACCUGCAUUAUUAUUGUUUUUAGUCAGUAGAUGCACAUCUACACACAAUCAUGCUUAUAAUCUUCAUCAAAUGUCUGUUUACUAAAAUAAGAUGAAAUCAUAAAGUCAAAAGCUGUAAGGUACAGUGUAUAUCAAGGCUACCAGCUAAAUAAAUAUUGUGUGUAUUCUC